AUGGAAAACAUGUCCGAGGAAACCCACGGCGAAAUGACGGAUCCACAGCACGUCCACCUAAGGUAAGGAGAAAAAAAACGGUUCAAGGGGUCCCUGUGUGAAGGUGUUUCUAUAAAACCGCGCCUCAACCUUUUUCUUUCUGCUCCUUUUCAUUCACAUGAAAAUUUUUCCUUGUUUGUAUUGAAUGUGUCAUAUACUAACAGACUGAAAUAAAGUAUGUACACAGCGCCCUAACUUUAUUGAAAUGAAGUCAUGUGUUUGGAGGUUAAGGCUCUGUUUGUGUAGAUACCAACAGUUUGGGUCGGGUCAGAACUGCUGACAUUCAUACAGCUCAUUCAGACGACUCAGAGAAUGAGAGUAUUUGGAAUUUUCCAAUAUUUAUCAUGUCUCAGAUUUGUGCACAUCAGUUUGUGAAUGACAGAUAUUGUAUAGAAAGACUUAGCUUUCAGACCCUUUACAACAAGAUCUUCAGUGCUUCUCAUCUUUUUCUUUUAGCUUCCCAUCUGAAAGCUCUGUGGAGGAAAUGGCUCAAGACAGACCAGAUCAAGAUGAGACAGAGAAAACGGAGAUUGAUAACAGCAUCAUACAGAGACUUCAAGACAGACCAGAUCAAGAUGAGACAGAGAAAACGGAGAUUGAUAACCGCAUCAUACAGAGACUUCAAUCUGGCUGGAUAGGCACUCUUCAUGUCGUUUUCCUGGUGCUGCUUUUAGUCCUAAUCACUGUCAUUGUUGGCCUGAGCAUCAAUGUUAAGCAGUUACAGAAAGAAAGGAGUCAGCUGAGACAGCUUCUAGAAUCAACACACAUGGGACUGAACCACACCAUGGAAGUAAAUCAAAAAGUGAGCCAGAGUCUGAACUUCACCGUGGAAGAAAAUCAAAAACUGAGGCUGAGUCUGAACUACACCAUGGAGGAGAAUCUGAACCUGAGCCUGAGUCUGAACAACACCAUGGAAGAAAAUCAGAAAUUGAGCAGAAGACUAAACCACACCAUGGAAGAGAAUUUGAAUCUGAGCCAAAGAUUAAACCACACCAAGGAAGAAAAUCAAAAACUGAGGCUGAGUCUGAACUACACCAUGGAAGAGAAUCUGAACCUGAGCCUGAGUCUGAACAGCACCAAGGAAGAAAAUCAAAAACUGAGCCUGAGUCUGAGCUACUCCAUGGAAGAAAAUCAGAGACUGAGCCGAAGACUAAACCACACCAUGGCAGAAAAGUCACAGCUUCAAGUGCAGAUUGAGGAGAUGAAAAUCAUAUUGAAUUCUACUAUGGAAAACCGUGACUCUUUCAGAAAAGACAAAAUCAAAUAUCAACAGCUUUUGAUCAAUGAAAGGCAGACCUCAACUCAACUAAAAGCUGAAAAUCAACGUCAACAAUCAAUUCUGAUGUCGGAGAAACUAUCUUUCCUCUGGAGAUUCUGUGAUAAAGGCACCCUGCAAUGUUCACGCUGCCUUCCUGGUUGGGCUGAGCACGCCACACGCUGCUUCCAUUUGGCAUCACAACCAAUGAAGUGGGAAGAUGCUCGUAGGGAGUGUUUAAAUGAAGGUGCUGACCUGGCUGUUGUCUUGAAUGCUGCAGACCAGGCAUUUCUGACCAACAUGACUUUCCAGUUUACACAGCAGCAUCCAAAUGUACUGUUCCAUUCAGCAUGGAUCGGGUUGCACGACAUGGUGCAGGAUAACAGAUUUGUGUGGGUAAAUGGUAUCAAGUCCAAGUCAGAUUUGAAGUUCUGGAUGCCUGGAGAGCCAAACAAUGCUGUGGCUCAAUGGGACAAAGACCGUGCAGGACAGGACUGUGUUGUCAUUGUCCCUCCAAAGACUGUUGGACAGAAAGGCUGGCUGAACUCCUGGGAUGAUAUUGUCUGUCGAGGCCAGCGGCACUACAUUUGUGAAACCAAAGCUCUUAUUUUGUCUGGAGUGAAAACUGAGGAAUGA